AUGGCUGCAAGGCCGAGGAAACGUCCGAUCGACAGUGAAAGCUCAGGAGAAAACGAGGAGAUUAAGGCAUUGCUCAAGUGGAAGUCAUGGUAAGUAUUCGCCUUUACGCGGAUUUUGUAAGCUUCUCAUAAUAUUCGCUUGCUCGUAUCGAUGUAAGAAAAAGCGUUGUUCUUCAUAGGGUGAUGUGUAACUACGAAGAAAGUGCAGAUAGUCUCACGGAGGCUAAAGAUAUUUUAUUGGCAGGAUCUCAACAGAAAGAAAAUUUCUCCUCCAACUUGAAUUCCGUUCUACUUGGAAAAAUUGUUAGUGAAAUAUGGGGAGAGAAAGUCAAAUUAGUGAGGCGUGGACCACGCAAAGAUCGGCGAAGCUGUUACCUCAACCUAAGACCUAAAGAUCCUAAAAAAUCCGAAGUACCACAGGAGACUUUCCAGCAAUUUAGGGAAAGUAGGAUGGAACUUGUUGGUGGAUGGAACAAGAUAAGCAACCACCCGAACUUUGUGUCAUUUAUGCGUUACGAGUCCUGGUCAGUCAAUAAUCAGCGAGUUUCUAUUGAAUUCAAGGUAACUCAACUUCCUUCUUCAAAAAUUCGUUACACCCCGAUUUCUCAUGGUUGCGAAAGUGACAUCACGAACCUAGUGGAUGUAGCAAGCAUAGAGCGAUAUCCGUUGAGUCAGACAGCCAUCCUGUUUCUGGCAUUUAUUGAUAAUGGCCAACUUUGUAGAGGAGCACCAAUGGAAAAUGGUGAAACCACUACCCUUUCCCAUAACACGGGAAACUAUGUGGAUUUCACGGAAGGAGCUACCAACGUAAUGGAAAUAAGGGCUUUCUCUGGCAACUGCAGUAUUGUUCGUGUCCGAGAAGGCAUUUGCUGUGCGAACUGCAUGAAAAUCAAAGUUCUAGGUGCCAGAGCUAAGCGACGAAAGGAGGCAAGAGACACCAUUCAUCCUUGUACCAAUAAAAGGUAUCUCUCUAAAAGUGAAGUCGUGCAGCAACUUGCCGAAGAAAGGCAAGCACGUUAUAACGCCGAGAAAAGGGAGCACUACUGGAAAGAAAAGUGUAAGUCCCAGUGCAAUGAAAUGGAUCGGGAAGAUGACGAAGAUUUGUCCCAAAUUUUUUUAAACAUAGCAAAACAGAAUGUUCCUGCAGAGAUGGCCUGUCUGUGGCAACAACAGAAAAACCUGUUGGAAUGCAAAACCAAAAACGGUUAUCGGUGGCAUCCAAAGUAAGUAACCAACUUUUAGUCAUACAUGUAAGAUCAAGCUACAACUUAAAACACAAAUUUCUUGAAUUUUUUUAACCAUGGGUGUGGCUGGAUUUAUUCUGGGAAAUUGACCAAGAGGGACGUUCUCCACAGGGAGGGAGACUUUUACGUUACUAGAUGUUGACUGUUUGAAUUGAAAGGAUGAUUGAGUAACCUCGAUCGGAUUCCCUCAGAAUGUAUUGUUCUGUUUUCUUGUGACUCUUAUGGAUCUCCCCUUCAUCCAGGUGCUACAUAAAAUAAAUCUCCCUGGGUAAAGGGGAUUAGAAUGGACCUGCUGCAACACUUAAGAUGAUGAUCAACAACCUAAAACCAAAGUGUCUCAAAAUUUAUUUGCCAUGUAAUUAACAUACUAUUUAACUAACAAAACUCCUAUCAGCAUAAUUUACUUCAACAUAUUGCUGAUAAAAAAUACAGUAUGUACAUGAAAUUACAACAACUGCAAAACAAUACAGUAAGUUCCUGAAAGCCUAUUUUUUUCUCAGAUACAGAGUUAUGAGACUGUGCCUGGACUUUUAUUGUAAAAACCCCCACGUUUUGGAUCCCCUCCGACAAUUUUUAAUUCUUCCAAGCAACAAAACUAUAAGGUGAGUAAUUUAAGCAUCCUUGUUUCACAUGAUUGUAGAUAUUUAUGAUUAUGAUUACAAUUAAACUGUGCACACAGUUUGUCCUAAGGUAUUUAUACAAAUUCUUUGGUCUCAUGCAAUCUCUUUUUACUAAGAACAGUUUCCUCUUGAGUGUCCUUUGACCAAGACCAUUUACAUGAUUUGUCUUUUUUAAGCAUGAACAAUCUAGCUAGGUGGAUGCUGUAAAGAUGCAAUUCAUUCCCACUACCAUUAAUGCCUAUGUCCUAUAUAUAGUAAUAUUUACAUGCAAAAUCUGAAAUCCAAUACAUUUUAGUAUAUUGAAACCCUAUCAAUCUGCUCCAUGUUUACUGAUAUUUAAAGGCUCUACAAAAACAAAGUCAAAGAAACAAUUGGAUGGAACCCUGAAGUAUUGAGAUGGUGCCUGGAGGCUGCCAAGGAAAGUGGAUUGAAAGCAGCAGACUACAUGGGUGGUUUUGUGACUGACGAAAUGAAGAUCCAGGUACCCUUAAUUCAAAUCUGCAUAGAAUAUAUUUUGGAAAUAUUCCAUAACAAUUAUGUUUUACUGAAGAUAAAACAACAAUACCAAAGAGACUGGUAAUACUUAAAAAAUAUAAACACCAAGAGGAGAUGAUGCACUAUCCAACAUAAUACUGUUAUAUUGCAGUUUAAUUCAAACUGUUCGUAAACUCUUGUUCAUUAUAAAUCUCAUACAUUGGCUUUGGUCAAAAUUUUCAGGAGAAUUUAGAGAUGGCCAAUGUUGAUGGGAAACACAAGCUUGUUGGUUUUGUGGACCUUGGAAAAGGCCAUGAACUAAUGAAGGCUCUCUCAAGUAAGAUUACCAGAUUAAUGUAAAGGGUGCAUAGAAUAAGGCCCCAAGUGACUGUUGAUGUGAUGUCAAAUUACAGUUUAUGGUUUUGUUUUACAAGAAAAUUCAAUUUGAAAGGAGAAUCUAGCAGUUUAUCAGAAUAAUAGUCACUUAGAGUCUCUUUUACACCCACCUCUUCAAUUAAACUUAAGUUAACUGUUUGAAAAGAAAUGAUUUGCUAUAAAAAUGAUUCACCUGAGCUAUACAAUGUACGUACUGGCCAUGGUACGUACUGGCUUGAUACUAUUGUAUAACUUAAAACAGAUUUGAAAUGGAAAGUCAAAGUUGAGUACCAUUAAUUGAGCUUUAUCAUAUAUAUGCCAAUAUCAAUAUCACAAAGCACUAAUUAAGGAGCACAUUGCUUGCUUGUAGGCAAGGGUGAUGAACCUGAACUUGCAACCCAUGUGCUGCAAUUUAUUUUUGAAACUGAUGCAACGCACCAGUCACCUCAGUGA